AUGGUUUCUCUUUUUGCUGUGAAUUAUCAAGGAAAGCGAGAUAGCUUAGCCCAAGCAAAUAUUGUUGAAAAUAUUACUGUGAAAAUAAAUAUGAAAGUGCUAAAAUUGAAGAUUGUGUUUAACGCAAUGGAAAGAGGAAUAUGGGGCGAAGAAGAACGAACAGAUAAUCCGUUUCAAAUCGGAGAAUACUAUGAUAUUAGAUUACGCGCUCAUCCGGAUUAUAUGCGGAUUUCGUGUAAUCGAAGAGAGAUAGCAAAAUUUAAAUAUCGCAUACCAAUUUCAACAGUUAAUCAAGUUCAUUUCGAUGGAGGCUUUGCUCCAGGAGACUACGUGGAUUUCAGAGGGGGUUAUUAUGCUAAUAAACUAAUUCCAUAUGAGAAACUAUUAAUUAAAGGAUGGGAAGACUUUUUUUUGUUGGGACGACCAAACAGCAAUGCCUUUCGCUUUGCUGUAAAUUUUUUCAAUAGCAAUGACGAUAUUAUGCUACAUUUCAAUCCAAGAUUCGAUGAAAAAAACAGUAAGACCGAAUCUGUUAAUUAA